AUGGAACUCAACCGAAAAUCUUUUCGCGCCAUAAUGUAUUACAACUUUCAGAGACAAUUAUCGCAACAAGAAUGCUCUGCUGGGUUACUGUCUGAAAACGUCGAUGCUGUGCGCAAACUCAUCAUUGAAGAUAGACAUGUGACAUAUCGCGAGAUUGAGGCGUCCUUGAAGAUCUCAAAGAUCUCAAUUCAAAAAAUUUUACUUGAAGAAUUAGGAGUAAGAAAAUUAGUUUCUCGUUGGUUACCCCACCUGUUGACUGACGAGCAGAAAGCAGACAGUGUUAAUUGGUGUCAAAAACGCUUGACCCCAACAAAAGUCAUCCGUUCUCGAAGUGUUUCGAAAAAGAUGGUCGCGACAUUUGUGUCAAAAGCGGGUCAUAUUGCAACCAUUACUCUUAAUGAGCAAAGAACUGUUACUGCGGAUUGGUAUACCACCAUUUGUUUGCCAAAAGUCAUCACCGUGCUUCGAAAAAUCAACCCCGAGAGAAGAAUCAUCCUCCACCAAGACAAUGCAAGCUCGCAGACAGCCCAAAAAACAUGGCAGUAUUUAACGGAAGAAAACGUGGAAUUAUUGGACCAUCCAACAUAUAGUCCCGAUCUAAGUCCUAACGAUUUCUUUAAUUUCCCGAAAAUUAAAAACAGACUGCGCGAAGAAGCAAUGUGUAUCAAUCUUCGUGGAGAAUACUUCAAAAAACAAUAA